AUGUUCACUUCCACAAUUCAGUACAGAUUACGCAAAAACCCGAUGCUGUCAUGCCACCCGGCAUCUCCGCCAUCUGGACAGGAUAAAGAUGUUGCUGCUUUGCAGGCUGAGAACAAACAUGCUCUCGCCACGCGGACAAGGCUAGCCGGCUAUUCUUCAACUCUACAGCGGAUUGGUGUGUUGCCAGACUGUUACCUGGCACCGCCUGGUAAUAGCUACGCAAAUGACACACACCACAGAGACACAUGUGGAGCUAUCAUCAUCUGCCCUUCUUCGUCCGGUCAGCCAGAACAACAUCACCACGAGCAUACCCAAACAUCUAUCGAGAUCUUUGAAAAACCGUGA